UUAAAAGAGGCAAUGGCAAGUAGGAUUCAUCAGAAUUAUUACAGUGUAAGUGAUGACAGAGGAACUAGAAAUGGUGGCUAUGGUGAGCGAAUUAAAGAGAGGAAAUAAGGAGUUUGAAGAUGUGAGCAGCAGUCUGAGAAGUGCUUUGGGUGAGAGACCACGUGAGAGGGAAAAUCGGCCUUAUAAUUCACAGAAAUAUAUGUAUAAAACUGAAAUUACUAGAGUUUAUGAAAAGCCGAUAAAGCCAAAAUUAACUCAAUACCAAUCUAUUAAAGCUCAGCCUUUAAGACAUGAAAGAACUCCUAUCAGAAAACCUCUGAAUAUAAAAUAAGUUCGAAUCUAAAGAAGAGAAGAAAUCAUCUGAAAAAAAGACCUUCUCUUCUAUUGCAGGUUCCAAACCUACUCAAACAUCCAGCUCCCCUCAACCUGAAAUAAAAAUUUCAGCUUCUAUAAUAAAACCUCCGACAUCAACCAAACCUCCAAACCCUCAAAAGACCAUAAUAACCCCUUUUAACCCCCAAAAUACACAAAAAAUACCCUUAAAUCCCUCUUCCAAAACCCCUCCCAAAACCCCUCCCAAAGCCCCUCAAAACCCUCCAAAUCCCCCUAAAAACCCCUCUAAACCCCCUCUCCGAUUCCACACAAAACGCCCUAGCCCCAGCCCCAACCCCACCGCCCCACCCCCCAAAACCCACUACGACACCUACACAAAUUCCUACAUAUAAAAACCCUAGUAAACACCCUCACCCUCAACAACCAAACUCUCAAAGAAAACCUCCAAGACUACAAAACUGCACUACAACUUCUCAGCCAAAAAUACACCAAGCUCCGGUACAAACUCCUUAAUCAUAAGAGUGAGGAAGAGAGACAGCAGAGAGAGGAAUGUGGGGGAAGUAGGGUUUAUUAUAAGGGGGUUGUACAGUUGAUGAAAGAGGAAUUUAAGGUGAUUCUGGAGCAGAAGGAUCAGGAAAUUUUGGUGUUGGGGAAAGAGAAUCAGGGAUUAAGGGAAAUUUUGGGGAUUAGUAGGGAAAUUGGAACUCCUAAGUGGAAAGAGAUUAAUGAUGAGAUUAUCAGACAUGAGGUUAGUUUGAAGCUGAGAGAUGAGGUGUCUACUCAGACUGAAGGAAAAUGGAAUAAUAAGAAUGACCCUUCGGAGUCUGAUUUUGGCAAGGACCUGAGAAUUGAUGAUGUGACUAGUGAAGAAGAUAAAAUAGAAGAAAAUACCUUACUUAAAAUGCAAGCAAAGUUACACAAUUCAAAGAUUCCUGCCGAUACUAAAAAGCAGAAGAAGAUCAGGACUACACCUCAUGCUAAUGAUAUGGGCACACAAGAAAACUCUGAACAGCCACUGUUUUCAUUCCAGAGAGAUACAAAUGAUGAAAAUCCUUACGAAAUUCAGGUGCCCACCAGUAUUUUUAACUACAACAAAACUGAUAAUGAAACCAACAAGAGCAAGCAGAAAAUUAUAGGAAGAUACGAAGAAAAUGAUGAAGUUGCUAUUGAAGAUUCUGAUGAAAACGAUGAAGACAACAAGGCUGAAAUCCCCACUAUUUUCGAAAACCUUAAUAUCCAGAAAUCUAGGCAAAUGACUCAAAAUCAACAAGAUCAUAGCGAUGAAGAGGAGGAUAAAUAUAAUGAUUUUUAUGCUGACCAUCCUCAAGAUUUUCCAGGAAUGGGACAUUUUGGCGUAAGAGGAGCCUAUUUUGGAAGAUCAGCAGGCAAAAAAUCUAAUAAUUCAGACCUUUCUGAUGAAUUGGAGGGAUUUAAUGUUGACCAACCUGACAGAUCCGAAUCUCCAGAUUACCCAGACCAAAUUAAAGAAAUUAAUCCUGAAGUAAAAGAGCCUGAAAUUCUUGGAAUAAACACACCUACUGAACAAGUUGAAGAAAUCGAGAACAUGAAUGAGCUUAAUGAUCAUGAAGAAGAUAAGCAAGAGAUAAGAGAAGAAUUAAAAAUUACAAAAGAGGAGUCUAAAGAACAAAAUGGUAGUCCUGAAUCUAACGAUGAUCAACAGCUUAGCGAGAUAAAAGAGAAAGAUCCUUAUCUAGAAGACACUGAUAGAGAUCAGGAAAAAUACACUCCUUCGAAGUUCGAGUACGAAGCUGAUGAUUUAGAUAUUCCCAGCCAUUUUAAACAAAAUUUUUCACCAGAUGAGGAAUACUUCCAACCUCAUAGCUCUGAAGAUGAUUAUGGAGAAGAUGACUAUGGAGAGGGAGAAUUCCUGCCUGAUAUGCUCCACGGCAACCUUGAAAUUGACCCUCAAGAAAUGAAUGAUGAAGAGAAAAUGUUCUAUGAGCAGCUCAAAAAGAACGAAAUGGAACAAUUAGAGAUGAAUAACCAGAAUCUUAAGGAGCAUAUCCAAAUAAUGAGGGACGAAGGUGGUCAGCUCAUAGACCAAUUAGAUAUGGAAGAUUUGUUAUCUGAAGGAGAGGGUUAUGUAGACUAUGAAGAAUAUCGUAGAAAUUAUGACAAUCCUUAUGCCCAGCAUGAUGAAGAUGAUCAAUAA